AUGCCCUCGUCCAGAUCCGAAAGCCUGAAGGCUCCACAACUUAGCAGCGAUGAUCUGGUGCCAUUCGAUCAUGUUGCUGCCGGACACGACGGUGUCCGAAGCACCAUAUCAGGCUCGCUGAUCGUCAAACCUUGCACCAAGCAGGAAGUCGAUUUCUACGAAGCCAGCGCUCUUCACCCUGCCUUCCAGGAAUUCAUGCCCCUCUUCAUAGGUUCUCUUUCCUCCGCCGACCAACAGCAACCACAGGCGAUUUCUGCCGCCCAUGAAUCCGGUGCCAUCUUCCUCCCUGCUCCGGGAAACCCUCCGAACUCUUCCGCUGGCCCCGAUAAUCCUACGUCCCACCCCUGCCCUGUGCCACCCCAGACUCCGGCUGCCGCACGGGCAGAAGAGCCGUGGGUUCCAUCCGACGGCAAGAAACUCGAGACAGGGCUCUCAAUAGUGCUCGAGAAUGUCGCAGCCGGAUUCCGGAGGCCGAAUGUACUUGAUGUGAAGUUAGGCGCUCGCCUGUGGGCCGACGAUGCGCCACCGGCCAAGCGCAGUAAGCUUGAUGCCGUAUCAAAGGAGACAACCAGCUCUAUACUCGGUUACCGAAUUGCGGGCAUGAAAGUGUGGACUGGGGAAGGUGGAGAAACGGAUGAAGGAACUCGCACAAACCCUUUUGAAACGAGGCACGAGGGGGGAGAGGGCGCCAAGGGCGAAGUCAUUGAAAAGAAUGGGUACCGACGCUACGAUAAAUGGUAUGGCCGGUCUUUCAACGCGCAAAAUGUGAAGCAAGGCUUCGAAACCUUUCUGGCUGGCGCAAAGGCAGGCCCUGUUGACCGGUCGAAAAUGGUUGCCCAACGGGUGGCCAAUGAGCUCAAAAAUUUACAAGAGGUGCUUAAAUCCGAAGAGAGCCGCAUGUAUUCUGCUAGCGUGCUAGUGGUCUACGAGGGAGACCCGGAUGCAUUCGAGCACGCGCUAGAGGAAGAGAAACGGAUAUCUCAAGAAGAGGACCAGGAAGACGCAGAGGAUGAUGGUGAUGAUGAUGAUGAUGAAGAUGAAGAUGAAAACAUCGAAUUCGAAUUCUCCGAGGAGGCUAUGGAAGUUCAGCUCGGAGAUGGGAAGACACAGCAGGUGAUCAAUAUCAACAUCGAUUCUCAAAAUCCCGCCAUCUCCCAAUUACCAGACCUGGGCGACGACGAAGACGAAGAAACCCCCAAAGUACAUGAUCUCCGAGUGAUCGACUUCGCACAUGGCGCCUGGACCCCCGGUCAAGGGCCAGACGAGAAUAUGCUCCAGGGGAUUCGGAACUUAAUCCAGAUGUUCGAAGAACUCGCGCAUUGA